AUUAUUUUCAUUGAUCCUAUUUAAAGAAAAGCUUAUUGUAAAGGAUCAACUUACCGAUUGUCAUUAACGUUGUCAUAAAAUGACAAUUUAGGCUCGAAAUAUCAAAUUUAAAGGAUAUCAUAAGUCAAUUCUGUAGGUGAUGCGUUCACUAGAAUACGUAAUUAAUGAACUGACGAAAAUUUUAAUUGAGAGUAAUGGGGCGUAACGAAAAUGAGAACGAGAUCGAAACGGAUACGGACGAUGACGAAUUAGUUACUGAAAGUGAUGAAACCAUUUCGACAGAAAAGAGUUCCAAAAAUAUCGGUACUUCUCCGCCUAAACGAUUUUGCAAGUGGCUGCCGAAGAAAUGUUUCAAACUCUCCUUCUUAUUGCUUAACAGCAUAGCUCUCCUCACAGGUAUAACGGCGAUAGCAAUAGCUAUCUGGAUGUUGACUGAUGCAAACUUUACAUCUAGACUACUCGGCCAGCAGCUUUUCAUGACGAUUGUAUUAAUUCUAGGAGUGUUUGUGUCUCUUGUAGCUUUUACUGGAAUCAUAGGAAUCACGAAGAAAAAAGAACAUUUCAUGAUUUUUUACUUAACGUGCCAAUCGAUCGCUCUCUGUGCUGUAUUUAUAUGUCUGACAAUGAGUUUUCCGUUUUUCGACAAGAUUACGAAAAAGGUUCGAGAUGACAUGAAUAACUCUAUCGAAAAUUAUCGAUCUUUAGAUUGGGCUAUGAAAGCGUGGGACAAUACUCAUAGAUAUUUAAAAUGCUGCGGAAUUAGAUCAUCCAAAGACUGGUUAGAUCAUCAAAUAAGCAUUCCGCAAAGUUGCUGUUCUGUAUCACUUAAACAGUGCCUGCAUAUGACAGAGAAUCUGUCUUAUAAAUCUGGAUGCUUAAAAGGAGCUUAUAUGCUGUUAAAAUCGUACGUCCAGACUGCCUCUAUUUCAACACUUGUCAUAUUUCCACUUCUGUUAAUCAGCAUGCUUUUAGCGUUUGGUUUACGAAAAAGAUUGAAGACGAGUCAAUUAAUAACGGACGAAGCAACAUAUUCAUGAAAACAUCGAGGGUGAACGUGACUUAGAAGUGAAUGACAAGUCCGAUGAAACGUUUUCCCGUUUUUUAUUAUCAUAUAUAGAUCAUAUAUUUUCUGAAAACACUUAAUAUAUUGUACUUAAGAUAGUAAUAUUGUAAGUUUAUUGGACAUGCUGGUUGGAUCGCCGUCUGCCGCGUGGCAGUGGUUCAAGUGGAAAAGUCCGUAAAUUACUCACUUCCGGCGCUUCUACGAUGAUCAUCGAAUCAGGAUGUGUUUUCAACACGCGGGGAUGAAGAGGGAGGCAAAAAAAUACAUUUAUAAAAAUUGCUCGUGACCAUCGUAAUGUUCUCCUUUAUGGAAAGGUUCAAACGGUAGAGGGAGGGGAGUGUCUGAUCGAAUGGCGGGAGGAUGAAUUCUUCCUUUUUUUCUUCUUUUCCCUACGAUAAAAUAGAGCGUCUUACGUGAAAUCGAUUGCCUGUCGAUGCGAUACGAAAUAUUGACGUAGUGAUAAUUUAACGCGCGCGAUGCACCUGUCUUUUUCUCUCCAUUAAUCCUCUCGUCUAAAUUAUCGCUAAACGGCUGCGGCAGUCGACGCCGCGUUUAUGUAUAGCAUGUGUGCGUGUGUAUGCUGUGUCCGUGUGUUUACGUUUAUAUAUAUAUAUAUAUAUGUCCUGUACUCGUGUAUGGGAUGUAUACGGAUUCUAUAGCUGUGGAAAAUGAGGGUGGGGAGGACAGAGGGCUUUGGGCGCAGUUUCAGGCAGGUUCCCAUCCAAUUACAGAUAUAUUAUAUCAUAGCAAACAUCGUGACUAUUUACAAUAAAUACAGUUGAUUAGGUUAUAUAAAUAAAAUAUAUAUAAUAUCGUAUCGUUAGGUUUAGGUUUACAGCAACACGUGACAGUAAACAAUUAGAUCAGCGGCAAAGUAGCGUUAAUCUAUCUAAGGUAGUGGUCGUAGUAGCUUUAGCGUGACUGACUCUUCCGUUCGCUUUCGCGCUCGCUUAAUCUUCAAUAUCUCUCAUUUUCACGCUCUCUUUCUUCCUUUCCUUCGUUCUCGCUCUACAUUUAUCGCUCUCGCAUCCCCAACUUCCCGUUUCACGUUUUCUGGAAUUUCGAAUUCUUUUACCCCCCUCUCCAUUUUUUUUUUCGGCGUAGGUCGCGCUCGAGAACCAAUCGCGCCGCAAAUUCGUGGAUCGACGGUUACUGCUAUAUAAUUGGCCACUCUAGCUCCUCUCGUGUGUACAUAUAUAUAUUUAUAUUUCUUCUCAAUAUAUUCAUAUAUAUUUAUAUUUAUUUAUUUAUUUAUUUCACAUAAUCGUUAUUUCUUCGCGCGUUCUACUUCUUUUCUUUUUAUUUAUUUAUUUAUUUAGAGAAGUACGUGGAGUUGUCGCGAUCCCCCGCGGGCGGUCGCGGGGAAUGAACGAAUUUGGAACGAGUUCGCAAAAACGAGAGAUGAAACUUCACGGAAGUUAGAGAAUGAAUUUUUUUUUCUAAUAUUAUAAUCGCGUAAGACGAGGUCGGGCCUCGAGUCGAGUUUUUGGGGUCUCCGCCCGUGCGACACGUAUCGCGGCUACCUGGCCCGCUCAUUAAUUUGACACGUGAUAUUUAAAAAAUAGUCGAUUCUUCUUGAACGCACUGUUGCUGGAUCCAACAGCGGAUAAUGCGAUUAAAGAUCAAGAGCGUGAGGGCAGUGUGAAGGGCAGUGGGAGGAGCAGGUGUGAGGAGGUUGGCUGGCCAAGGGGAAACGAUGAGUGUUUAGAUGUGCACGAAUGUCGAAGCACUCCUAUUUCGCUUAUCUAGAGAAAGCAGAAGCCCUCGGAAGAUUAACGGAAAUCACCCUCAAAUAUUAUCCUCGCGAAAUUACCACCACUGCUGAAAGACGAUAGCUGUCUCAUUGUUACAGUUACGAUAACUGGAUAGAGUUAUUCAAUAUAGCCGAGGAUUGUACUAUUAUUGAAUUUAAACGCGAUUUUAAAGCGAUUGCUUCUAAGAAAUCGAAUUUAACAGUUUUACAGUAAAUUAUUUGAGAUUAAUUAAUAGAUUUCAAGAUUUUCGCUAUUCUCAUAUAUGAGUGCUUUUUCUAAAAGUGAAGUUAAAACAAAGUGAAAUAUAAUCGCGUCGGUAUUAACCGCUUAGAUAAGCGAGGGAGGAAUGCGGCUCGACGAUCGAGCCCGUUCGCGCGGCCGUCUGCCAGAGAAACGCAAUGAGCAACGCGCGGGGACAGAUAUUCACGGCGCGAUUUUAGUGAGUUCCGUCGUGUCGUCUCGCGCGUGCGAACGAGGGCCUGAAAUGUACAAAAAGGAUCACCCUUUGCGGCCUCGUUGGCACGUGCGAGCGCGCGUGCCUCCGACAGGAGGAGCUCGUCUUGGACCGCGGUUUAAAAUUGCCCAGGCAACACGACACCGUAAAAGAAGCCGUAAAGACGGCCUAAUUUUUCAAACAUCGUUUGACUAUCUCUCGGAAGUCUUUCACGAUUUUGCGUUGUUGGGUGUUAUAAGUCUAAACACUCGCUCGAGUUAAAAAUACAUUACGAAGCUUCCCUAAAUCUCUCUCUCUCUCUUUCUCUCUGUUUCUCUCUCUC